AAUAGACGUAUCCCAAACGACCUGCAAUAACAAGUUAAUUAACAACACAAUUCUACUUUCAAUUUCUUCACCAUUCUCGAUCAGUCGAUCUCCCCCCUACACAAAUUAACUAACACCAUGAAGCAAAUUGUGGUGCUCAGGGUGUCCAUGGAUGGGCAGAAGCGAUUUUGUUUCUGUAUUAUGGCUGGACGGAAGGCCCGCACCAAGGCCAUGAAGAUUGCAGUUAGCGUUCCAGGGGUGGAAGCAGCAAGUUUGAAAGGGAACGACAAGGACCAGAUAGAGGUGAAAGGGGAAGGGAUUGACACCGUCAAACUUACGACGUUGAUCCGGAAGAAAGUGGGGCAUGCAGAGAUAGUAAGCGUGAAGGAAGACAAGAAAGAAGAUAAAAAGCCUGAGGCGAAAUGGGAAGUGGUGUGGCCGUACGUGAGUGGUGUGCCUUCCUACUCAAUCUACUAGGAGUACCCAUGCAAUCCUCCUUCUAGCUCCAUCAUGUAACUAUUUAUUUAUCAAUAUAUUGGGAGAGUAAUUUAAUUUUCGAGAUAA